ACGCAACUCGAGUGAGUCCGCCAAGAGCAUCGUAGUGUGGAAGCAACAAGCGAGGAGACACUGCAUUCACUUACGUGACAUCACGCUCAACUUGUGGAAGCCGGUGUUAAAAACAGAAAUUUCUUCAAAACUCACUAUUACAACGAGCUAUUACCACUUGAAUUUCAUUGGAGACUGUACACAGCUAUUGUAUCUGCAAAUUGUAAAAGAUUUUUAAUGUGAUAACAAUGUCAUAAUGUUUUAACAUAUUAACUCAAUGGAGACCAAAGUAACUAGUAAAACCAGCAGUUUAAAAGCUCUCUUGCUACGGGCAUGGCGAGAACGCUGGACUGAUCUACAAUGGGGUAUCAAUAUCAAAACAAUUCUUCCAAGAGGGGUAAGCGGUGAUGUAUAUAAUUUAGCUGACUGUAUAUUGCAGCAAGCAUUAGUGGGACCAGGACCUAAUCAGUUAGUGUUGUCAUAUUUAAAACACUCAUUAAGCUCACAGUUAGUAUCAUAUGCAGCUGUAUUACAGAGGAUAAGUAAAUAUGAUGCUUUUCACAAGCCUCAUUGUAUUGUGAGUUUAUUGGAGUUUUUGGAAUCUAUACAAGUUGGUAUUACAUGUCGUGGUAAACCUGAAGAGGACCUUUUAGCAGCAGCAGUUUUAUCAAUUGUUUACUGGCUCUUGCAAUGCUACCUACACGCGUUGGCGAAGGGUCCUCAAAAUAAUCUUCUUAAUUCUCCGAAUGAGCUAGUAGAUAAACCUGCAAACAUUUUGCAGCAGAUGCUGAAUUCAGAUUUUCUAUGUGCAAUGAUGUACUUAGCGAAAUAUGAUGAUAAAGAUUUAUAUACAGAAGUUGUGAAAAAGUGCCAAGAAAUCGAAACAUUACUAAAAUCAAGCACUCAUAAAUCCACGAUGCCAAUAGAGGAUUCUCUGAAGAAGCUGUGUAAUCUGGAAAUUGAGAGUCUUUGUCCUGAGAAAACCAAGAUGGAAUCUAUCACUUAUUGUUUGCAACCAUUUUUCGCAGUUCAGGUGUUAUUGAAUCCCUGCACUGAGACAUCCGUCUUUGUCAAUCAGCUAUUAAUGGUGCAGAGAUUGAAGAGCUAUACAAAUGCACAACUUUACUGCGAGAUAAUUCGUGCUUGUUUGAUGUGCCUGCAUAAUGCAAUAGGAACGUCUAAGGAGUCGCAAUGGGGGGCUUUCACGUUCCUAAAAGUAUCUCUUAUAUUGAAAGAGUUGCACGCAGCUAGUCUAAACGGUGACGAGAAGUUCGAGUAUUCGCAAGACAUUUUAGACGCGUUUGAGCUGUUGCUUCAGUUUACAGCGUUGCUGGAUAUGGUAGAUAACAAGUGUACGUGUAAUAGCGUGGAUAGUUUGUUAAAUGAAUUGCAGAAAGUAAACCUUGUGACGGAGAUGCAAGCAAAAGAAAUAAAUUCCAGAAGAGAGGUAGUUACAAUACCUCUGCAGAAAUUAGACAUGUCCAACACUAUGACACCGUGUAUUCCGAAGGUAAUUCUACGCGCAGAACCUCCAUUGGACGGUAUCUUGAAAACGAUGAAUGCUGAUUACACAAAAAUUCAGGAUUCCUUAUUGAACAUGUUGUUGCAUCACGUUCUAUUAGGGAAGAGCUUCGAGCUAAUGUUAGCCGUGGCAAGUGUAGAAGGAAAAUUAAAAAUUUUUGUUACCAAACUUAUCAAGUUUAACGAAUGCAGCAAACAGAUCAACGAACCUGUGAGCAGCAAAUCGGCAACAACACGAGCAAUAUUGUUCGACGUGUCUUUUCUCAUGUUAUGUUUCAUAGUGCAAACGUAUGGCUCUGACGUAGUUUUGGAAGAAGGCGGAAACUCAUUUUUUGAACAAUGGGUACGCGAAUGUAUGCCGGAACGAAAUAAGCCCAAAUCGCCCCAAAGAAUGCUACAAAGUGUAGAUCCAACGCGAGUAGACGCUCUGCUGGCGCAGAUUAAUUCACCGGAUCCCGAUUUUAAAUCGAGCAAUUUCAAGUGGCAUGUAAUGUGUCAAGCAGCAAUGGGAGCGGUGGAAGAAUUGCUGUUUGCGUGGGAAAGCGGUGUGUUAGGCGCUGGCGAUGUUAAACGAGCACUAGAUGGUUUGCGCGCGGUAGCAUGCUGUUUGCCAGUUUGCGCGGCUGCGUGGCUAUGCGCAUACAUGAGUAUCACUCAUCAGGACGCUUUGCUGAAACCUAUGAACAUGGUUCAACAGUUUCUAACGCCGCUGCCUGACGACGAGAUCCAAGACAAUCUUAAAGAGAGAUCCAGUUUAAUGUUUCAAAUUAUUCGAAAGAUGCAGUACGAUGUCCAUCCGCCUAUCCAGUCGAAAACGAAGAUACUCUCAAUGUCACACAAUAUUAUAUCACGCCAGCCAAUAUUGGAACAAUUGGAAAGUGUUUGGCAAAACAUAAAUCAACGUGGAUGGAUAACUAUACAAGCCACGCAGUCGCUGGAGUCUUUGUUAAAUACUGGUGGUUCUUUGUGGUUUGUCACGAAUAUAGUCAAGCAAGUGCUGAAGUAUCGUUAUCAGGAGGAAUUGGAUCAAGCUGUGGAUUUAGCUUUUGCAGUUUUUCAUCUCGAUAUAGAAAACUGUACUUUGGAUCUUAUAAAUCACGUAAUACCGCAGUACCUGCACAAUUCGUUACAAAGUGACGAACUUGUGGAACCUCAGUCGUCUAUCCUGGCGAAGUUGUGUGUGUACUGCAUUUUCUCCACUCUGGAGUUCAACAACUCGAGUCCCAAUAGAGGAAAUAGUCGAAAACGCACGCGACGAGAUUUGGAUGCGGACGAGUUGGAUGCUCUCGGCGUGUCUAACAAACUUUUGCGUUUGAACGAGACGGGAGAAAACGUUCCCAUGUUUGGCUCACAAAGUCCGCAGGCGCACUGCUCGAAUAACGGACAAAAAUCGAUUGUCCUGAGGGAUCCGCUUAUGACGGCGUUGAACAAUCUGUUCGUUAUAUUUGACUUCCUAGCCGGUAGAGAUGGUGAGGUGUCGCAACAGACCCACUUCAUACUUCAGUUCCUGCGUCUCACAGUACAAUGUGGAAAAGACAGAACUCGUAUAGUGCUGCAAGGGAUGCCGCAAACACUAGUACCCUGUCUUUUGAAAGCAUUGCCCGAAUCAUUCACGACUGAUAUCUUGUUAAGGCUGUACGACAUACAAAGUAUAAUUGGACGCAAAGCUGCUGCGCGAGACUUAUGUACGUUACGGAAUAUUAAUUUAAAGCCUACAAAAUAAAAACACAAGUGUGAAUUAUUGUAUUAUAUCCUGUUUUGUGCUGAUAAAUAAGAUUUAUUCGUUGAAUAAAGCGAAGAGAAGGUUUGUAUGUAUAAUAUAUACACCACACAUUUCUACUUUGUAUAUAUAAAAGUUUAAACACAAAAAAUCUACAAAGCGAAUAUAUAAAAUAUCGAAACAAAAUCCGUUUAUUUGCAAUUGAUUGAUCUACUAUACUUGUUUUUAUUUUGUUUUAUUUUUUGGAUUGUAUGUAACCGUAUUCUGAGAUUUGCGAAAUAAUACGACA